CUUUAGCGCAGAAAAAAAAGUUCGAGCGUCAUUGCGACCAGCUUCAACUUUUACUGUUACCCACCUACCUAGAAAAUAUUAUUUUCAAGUCGUUCUAUAUGCUCUGUCCAUAGCUUGUUAGCUCUACAUAUCAUGAGGAAUUGCAAGACCUAGGCUUGAUUUUAACGUGCGAUUAGGAGAACUUAAAGAUGAAUUCCACUCUAUUCACAAAAGCUGCGAUACCGUCGCGCAUACUUUCUCCGGCUCAGAUAUACCGGAGGCAAAGAUUACGAGACAGUUUACGAAGGCGCACACAGAGUAAUACCAUCACUUCGUUAUCGAAGAGACCGAGCCAUGCAGUAAAGCGACCAGUUUGCCAAGCUGCAUCAUACAGACGAUCCUUCCAUGCCACCCCUCGUGCAUUCGCUAUCAAAGACCCGUACAAUACUCUAGGCGUGGGGAAGUCAGCUUCGGCAUCAGAUAUUAAGAAGGCUUACUAUGGAUUAGCCAAGAAGUACCAUCCGGAUACGAAUAAGGAUGCAUCAGCAAAAGAUAAAUUUGGGGAAAUCCAAUCCGCGUAUGAGAUUCUCUCCGAUCCGAAAAAGAAGGAACAAUAUGAUCAAUUCGGAGCGGCCGGUUUUGACCCCAAUGCCGGACCCGGACCAGGGGGUGAUCCUUUCGGUGGAGGACAUCCAUUCAGCGGCUUUAGCGGACAAGGAGGCUUCGGUGCUAACUUCAACUUCGAUGAUCUCUUUUCUGCAUUCACUGGUAAACGAGGGAGCCCUUUCCCCGGAGGAAACCCUUUUGCAGGAGGACCGCAAGCUGGUGGAAGGGGGAGCCAAUACGAAGAGGUCUGCGUUGGAGAGAACAUCGAGGUACAAACAGGCAUCUCGUUUAUGGAAGCGGCUAGAGGGACAACCCAAUCAAUUACGAUACAUCCGUAUGUCACGUGUAAAACUUGCACUGGAAGCGGUUUAAAGCCAGGCACCAAGCGGGCGGAGUGCAGGUCUUGCGGCGGGACAGGCACACAGGUACAUUUUAUGACGGGUGGUUUCCAGAUGGCUUCUACCUGUGGCACUUGCAAAGGAACUGGUACAGUGUCCCCUAAAGGAUCAGACUGUCGUGACUGUUCUGGAAACGGCGCUGUCAGGGAGCGCAAGACCAUCACUGUGGACAUCCCGGCUGGUGUUGAGGAUGGUAUGAGGUUACGAUUAGAUAGAGAGGGAGAUGCACCCGUCACGGGUGGCGAGGCGCCCAUCGGUGCUAGGAUGGUCCGGGGAGAUCUCUACGUUUGUGUACGAGUCGCUUCGGAUCCGAAGUUCAAGCGAUCAGGAUCUGACAUACUAUACACGGCAUCCAUACCAUUAACUACAGCGAUAUUAGGUGGUGAAGUGGCGAUCCCGACACUAGAUGGCCAAGUCAAUGUGAAGGUUGCGACAGGCACAAGCACUGGCGACAAAUUAACGCUGGCUGGAUUGGGUAUGAAGAAGCUAGGUGCCCGCCGCAGCAACUCAGGAGACUUAAAGGUGGAAUUCCGAGUUGCGAUGCCAAAAUACCUCUCCGCCAACCAGAGAACGAUCGUAGAGAUGCUAGCAGAGGAAUUAGGCGACAAGACUGCCAAGCGGAUUAUGAACAUCAAGAUGCCUGGAUCUCCUGGGAGAGAAGCAACGAAGGGUGAAGACCCUGACACGCAUAGAAAUGAAGGGUUCCUGAAGGCGAUGUGGCAUAAUCUAACAAAUAACCCGGGUCAUCCAAAAUCAGGAGACCAAAAUUCCGGUGAUCAGAAGAAGCCUAACGAAGAAUCUAAGAAAAACUCGGGCUCCAACUCUGGCUGAGCUCGCAGCCUUGCCUAGACGCAGUCCUCAUACGACCGGGUGGUAAACCACUCCCAAAACAUGUACCAUACUCGCACAAUUGAAAGAGAUGUGACAGAAACGAUCGCGUGGAAUAUAGAUAUAGAGAGAUUGGGAUUGCAUGGAUGGUGUUUGAUGAUGGAUUAAUGAUGCUUGGGCGUCUUCAGUGGAAUCAACUCACCGGUGAGAGCAUCUUUGCGCGCCUUGAUAUCCACGACAUACUCGCAGAUUUGCUAGGCAUGUAUUUGAAUCUGUAUACUACUAAUAGGUACAGGACUCAUGAUUAGAUAAUGCGAGGCCACUCUCCUCAAUUCAAGAUACGUACAUGAUGAAUCGAGAUCUGGAUGAUUUUAUCUUGUUUGUGUCAAGCCCUGCGAUGUCUUUAUUAUUUGCAUAUCCACCUAACGGUCGUACUACAUUCUUCAUGCACGUGAGGUGCUAGGAUGUGUACAGCUGGAGUAUGAUAAUAUAGUUAUGGAUAAUGUAUGGAGUUGG